UAAUUUGGUAAAAAAAAAGGAAAAACAGAGAGAGAGAAACACCACUGUCGCACUUCGAUCUGUCUAAUUUCAUCUCCAAAUUUUUUUAACAAAAAUCUCACUCUCUCACCUGAUCAGAAAAAUCGAAACCUUAAUUUCUCUCUCUCCCCUUAUCAAUUUUUUUCAUAAAUCUAAUUCCUUUUUGCCACUCUCAGUGGAUCAACAACAAAAACUUGAUCACUAACAGUAACAAACAAACCCUAACUCUUUGGUUAUGUAGUAAUUUAAUUCAUGGCAACCCUCACUAACUCGAACACGAUCACCAUCACCGCAGCCGAUCACUCUCCUCGCCAUACAAUUGCCGCCGAUAGCAUCAGCAACAGCAAUCAGGUGGGCAGUCCCCAAUCGCAGCGGGGAUUCGGUAAGCAGGUUUCUCCUCCAUGGACACGAAUCGUGCGUGGUGUUGAAUCGGAAUCUUCUUCUAAUGCUUCAACGGAGGCGGAGCAAGCGGCUGCAGUUUUCGUGGCGGAGAAAGAGAGUGUGGAGAGUGAGAAUAAUGUGAGCAAGAGACCGGUAUGGAACAAGCCAUCUACGGCUAGUAAUGGUCUUGUAGAGAUUGGGAGUGUUAUGGGGGCUGAUUCUUGGCCUGAUUUAUCUGAGUCAGCUGCUAGGGUUUCUUCUUUGACAAAAUCAUCUGCGGAUUCUUUAAAAGGUUUAUUAUUUGAUGGAUCAUCAUCUUCUCUCUCUGUUUCCCAGGGAACUGAGAUUGCAUCCUCAUCUUCACAGAAACAAGUUAGCAAUACUGCAAACCCUAAUUCAACUCCAAACAAUGCAGUACCAGCACGCCAGAAAUCAAUGAAGCGUAAUGGCGUUAACACAGCUUCUAAUGGUGGCACUCAUUCACCAGGAUCACAGAGCGCAGCCGGGGAAGGACAUUUAAAUAACUCUUCUUCUAGGGAUCACGCACAAAAGAGUUCCCAAUCCCGUGGCUCUAAUGAUUAUCCUCAACAGCAGCGCACUUCAUUUAGGAACCGUAAUGGUGGGCUACAUUCUCGAGGAGAUGGUUCUCACCAUCACAGUUAUGGUGGCAGGCGAAAUGAUCUAGAUCUCGCAAAUCAUGAUUGGAAUGCUCAUCGAAAUUUUAGCCGGGAUGGUCACAUGCAGCCAUUACCAAGAGUUGCCCCAAGGCAUAUGAGGCAUCCACCACCGCCUCCACCAUCACCUGCUACCUCUCCGUUUAUUGCUCCCCUACCAGUGCGGCCUUUUGGCCUUGUGGGUUUCCCUGAUAUGGGAUUGCCGUUGUAUUAUGUUUCUCCACAUCCAGGUUCUAUGAGAGGUGUGCCUAUUAUUGCAGCUCCAGUACCAUCUCAUACUGUUUUUUCCCCUUCAGAUCCUCAGUUGCACAUUAGGAUAUUGCAUCAGAUAGAUUAUUAUUUCAGUAAUGAAAAUCUAGUCAAAGAUAUAUACUUGCGGAGGAACAUGGAUGAUCAAGGCUGGGUGCCUAUUAAAUUAAUAGCAAGCUUCAACAAAGUUUCUCUUUUGACUGACAAUAUCCAUGUUAUACUGGAUGCUAUAAGAACUUCUAGUGUCGUCGAAGUGCAGGGUGAGAAGGUAAGGAAGCGAAAUGAUUGGAUGAGGUGGAUCAUGACAACUCCUGUUCAGUUUCCUAAUGUUUCAAGCCCUCAGUAUGGUGAGAAGUCUGGACAUGACAUGCUGGCAGCCCAUGUCCAAGGCAUCUCUUCGCAGGAGAUGACUACUGGCCACAUCAAAGCAAGGAGUCAAGUAGAUAUUCAUUCUGAAGAUUUUCUUGGUAGAUCAUUGUCUGGGGAUUUGAAUAGCCAGUCACAGCUAUCUAGCAGCGAAGGAAUAGAUGAAAUAAGGUUUCAUGGAGGUUUGAAUCUUCCCAGUUCAGCAAGAAAUUAAAGUGAAAUGUGGAUCAAGCAUUUUACUUGAAUGGACUCAUGGAGGAAGAUGGGGACCGAGGGGAAGAAUGCCCUGCAUUUUUGUUGAAGGUAGUGGGUCUUGCCUUGGCACAGUGAACACAGUUUCCUUAGUGGAAAAUAGGAAGCAAAUUAGAUGGGGAUAAAGGGAGAAAAAAACUAAGAAACUUUUAUGACUUUGAGCUGGUAGCAUGAGUUCAUUGGUAUGCAUGUUUUUAUGGGGGUGUUCCUUUUUAUGCCAUAAUUAUUUGUGGUGGCAUGAUGUUGCUGUUUUUAACAGGGGGGAUUUUGGUUUUACUUCCCCUUACUGCCCCUCAGCUACUUUUUAAAAAUCUUUGGGGUCAGAUUACCUCCCAACUCCAGGAGGAAAACAUGAUUUUUGACUGAUGGCACAAAGUACAUGCUUGAUGUGUGUCUACGUACAUGAGGGGGAGGGUGAAUGCCAUUUGUAGGAUGUUGAAGCUCAUGCAACGUCUACUAUUGCUCCAUUUUUGGUCGCAGGGUGUCCUUUUGACUAUUCCCAUUUGUCACACAUGUUAUAUUUAGAGUUAGACAUUUAUAUGUAUACCUUUUUCUUCCAACCGUCUGAGGAUUUCACUUCAUAAAGUGGUCUUCCAAUCCUGAAGCCGUUGAGAUAUCCAGAGUCGGACUAGACAUGGUUGGUAUUAGAUGCUUAUAUAUGACUUUAAGAUUGUGGAAUUUGACGUGUUCCGGUUUUCUGAUUGAACCUUUUUAUUUAUUUAUUUAUUAUUAUUUAUUGGGAGGAUUAAUAAAAUCCUGGCAGUGCCCUGGGUUUAUUUGCUUGA